UGCAUCGGAGUUAUAGAUGGCUUGCAAAUUCCUGCUCACCUUCCUACAAAACACCAGUCCCGGUUUCAGAACAAGAAAGGCAUACUAUUCACAGUUUAUAUUUGUCUAUCCGGGAUGGGAAGGCUCUGUUGAGGAUUUACACAUCUUAAGAGCAGUCCUAGACGAUCCAAACCAGAAUUUCCCACAAGCUCCCAAAGGAAAAUAUUAUCUUGUCGAUAGAGACUACACAAACACAGAAGGAUAUAUUGCUCCAUACCCUGGAACAAGGUACUGUCUCCAUGAGUUCCGUGGCGCAAGCCAAAUGCCACAGAACGCACAAGAGCUUUUCAAUCACCGGCACAUGUGUCUAAGCAACGUUAUUCAAAGAUCAUUCAGCAUGCUGAAAACCCGGUUUCCAAUCCUGGAAUCUGCGCCUCAGUAUCCGUUCCAUGUCCAGAGGGAUCUGGUGAUUGCUACUUGUACUCUACAUAACUUCAUGAAGAGGGAAGACGGGAUUCACGACUGGCUCUUCGCUGCUUGUGCUGAAGAUGUUGGUCCAGUGGAGGAACCGUAUGGACAAGAGGAGGAAGUAGUGGAAUUGCUGCAAUUGAAUUCUACGCCUACAGAUAUUGUAGCUGAUUCUCUUCGAGACUCCACUCAUGCACAAGGGCAUUUUGGUAAUCAGAAUGAAUGUUCCAUUGAGUUUCUUUUUGUUAAGAAACAGAUUUGUGUUAAGCUGAAUUUGGAUUGGCUUCUCUUUAGAACUGAUUGCAGAUUGAAUCUACAUGUCAAAAUUCAUCGAGCUGACCACUUGUAAUACAUGGAAGAAGUAAGAUGGAACUCAAUAGACUCUAGUCCGAUAAACAAAAGAACGGUUUAUUACUUC